AUGACAUCCUCCAUCGUGGAGGCAUUAGCGACUGUUGAACCACCAGAAACACCAGAAAACGAAGAUCAUGAUAGCGAAAACGAGACCCAAGAAUCGUCAAAACCUACGAACGAACCUUCGUUAGACGAUCCCGAAAUCGGAAAGCCUAUAUCACAUGGCCAAAUCGUGGACUUGUGGAAACGCUCGAAAGCACAAGACAACACAAACUACACACUCGAACAACUUCUACGCGGCGCAUCCGUCUACAUCCCUCCACCACCUCCGAAACCCGAGCCUUCCCCCGAAUACAAAGCUCUUAUGGCCCGUCUCCGCCGCGACGAAGAAGCUCGCUCCUACGAACGAAUGAUGAACCCUAUACCCCAACAAGAAACAUUCAAAGAUCGCUUUCCUUCCAGCGCAGCUGCAUUUGCAGAAGUUAAUCGCCCUACAACAGCUGCGGAUCUUGGCGACGAUGAUAUUGCGAUGGAGGAAGUGCACAAGCAGGUCACACUCAUCAUCAAUUUCUUGGUCAGCAUAGCCGGCGUUGCUGGCACAUUAUGGGUCACAGCGCGAUGGUGGAGUUUGCCAUCGAGGUUAUUCCUAACUAUGGGAGGGAGUAUUCUCGUUGGUAUCGCGGAAGUGGUGGUCUAUAAUGCGUAUAUGUGGAAGAUGGAUGAGGGGAGGAAGAAACAUGGCAAGGUGAAGGAGGUGAAACAGGUCGUUGAGAGCUGGGUUUUGGGCAAGGACGACGAUCAAGAUGCGAAGACGGUGCUGCUCAGCGAAAAAGAUGAUGCACUCAAACAACUGAAAAUGUCCGAAAGCCCAGCCCCAUCUGCAUCGCGACCACGCGCCAAACCACUACGAACAUACGGCAAACGAAGCAUAAGGGACGACUCUCCGCGACAACAGAGCUUAAAGAAGCCGCGUGUUUCGCCAGAGACGACUCCUACGGAAACAUCAGCACCCAAAGAGACGGAUGAAGGGUUACCUUCGCUGCCGAAGAUAGUUGCAGAAGACACUCAGAAUACUACCAAAACCACCGCACCAACCAAACCUACAAAGAGUUCGAUCCUAAACUUCUUCAAACCUAUACCCCCGUCGUCCACAGUGGCUUCAAGUCCAAAGAGUGACGAACCACGACCUGGGUCGACACCGCCAUCUUCACCACCAGCACCGAGGACAGAAGCACGGAAGAAACCACGACUAUUGCGCUUUCGCGCCACUUCGCUUCCUAUACUAGACGGAGAGAAUAGUGAGGACGAUACUCAGCAAAUGGAAGGCGUAAAGGAUGAAGAGGAGAGCGGCGCAAAGCCUACGAGGUCAACUCUUAGGGAGAGUUCGUUGAAUCGGGAAUCGAGCAGCAAUAGCGAUGCAAAAACAGGGAAGAAAGCAAAGGGGAAAUCGACGGUGCAAACGACACUGAAUCUUUCCUCUCAAGCAGCGUUUUCUGAGUGCAAGGUCUGCAAUACAGUCUGGAAUCCGCUAUAUCCCGACGAUGUCAAAUACCACACGAAGCAGCAUGCGGCGGUUCUACGGGCGAGGAGAAAAGGGAAGGAGAAUGAAUUAUAG